AUGAACUUAAAGAGUAGCUCUUUACUUAUACAUCUAGAAAGCAGCGCUGGUGACGAUACUGGUGGCGAUACUGGUGGCGAUAUUAGUGGCGAUACUGGUGGCGAUACUGGUAGCGAUAUUGGUAGCGAUAUAAGUGGCGAUACUGAUGGCGAUACUAAUAGCGAUAUUAAUGGCGAUAUAAGUGGCGAUACUGGUGGCGAUACUGGAGGUGAUAUUAGUAGCAAGGCAAUAUUGGAGGCGAUACUGGUGGCAAAGCAAUGCUGGUGGCGAUACUGGUGGCAAGGCAAUACUGGUGGCAAGGCAAUACUAGUAGUAGUAUAA